CUUCGCUACAUCACCAUUCAAGUGCGCCCGCUUUCCUGGUAGUGUACCUUAACAACACUACACAGUCCUGAUCAAGAUCUUUUCGACUACUUCCCACAUGUCCAACGAAUUAGGAUAGGUCGUCUUUCUGCACUGCUCUGAGUUCCCAGACCCACCAUGUUCAAGAAGUUCAAGGAUAAGAUAAAGGGCGAUGACAGCUCUUCAAGGCCGUCAUAUGGGACAGAUCAACACAACCAGCAUUCAAACAACCCUUACUACAGCUCGCCUCAAGACCAGCACCAUAACAUAGCGCCCACGGAGAAGUAUCAAGCACCACCUGGCCCACCGCCGAACCAGGCUUCAUCCUCGUCUGGGUACUCCGCUCCGCCAGGUCCUCCACCGAGCCACGGAUCGUCGUCUUAUACUGCUCCUCCAGGGCCUCCACCUAAACAAGAGUUUUCAGGUUACGCACCCCCGGCCGGAUCACCUCCUUCGUAUCCACAGCAACCCCCUCCUAGCUGGGAUCCUCCGCCAUAUCACGACUGGACAGUCGUACCUGACACUGCACUUCUACCUCCACCACCUUCGAUGGGUUACGAUAGUUCUCCCACUGCUAAUGCGUCUACUGAAGAUGGCGAUCGUGCUUUGGCUUGGACCAACAUGAAUCCUUUGUGGCCACCGCAGAACCUGCAGCCUAGCACUCAUGCUGCGAUUCAAAAGGGUCAGCUUGCUCUACUGAAAGCGCCAUCCUAUCUGGGCGAUCUACUCCCUCAACCUCAAGCAGGCCACUGGCGUUGUCGCACCCAUGCGAAUUGCAGGGAUUCGAGUAUUCUCACGAAUCUGCCCAUGUACAGCGUGUUUUGGGACUCACCACUCAACACACAACGCUCCAAGACUGUCUACUUCGAACUCAAAAUCCUUGGAAUUGGUCGCGGUGGUUUCUCCUUCUCAGAAGCAGACGCUGGUAUCGCGAUAGGCUUCGUUGCGCCGCCUUACCCCACGUUCCGUCUCCCAGGUUGGGAGCGUGCCAGCCUUGGUGUGCAUGGAGAUGAUGGAAGAAAGUACGUCAAUGAUGCAUGGGGCGGCAUCGACUUUACCUCGGCUUUCAAGCCCGGCGAUACCGUGGGUAUUGGUAUCACCUUCUCAGUUCCGCGCAACCCGCCAUCCUACGAACAGUCGCAACAGGGAAGGAUGCUAGAUAUCGACGUGUUCUUCACGCGUAAUGGAGUGAAGGAAGGUGGCUGGGAUGGCAACGAGGAGCUCGACGUGCGAAGCGAGGGCGGCAACACGGGACUGAGGGGCGAAUGUGAUCUCUUUCCGGCGAUUGGCGUGUUUGGUGGUGUGGAUUUCGAUGUCUUCUUUCAUCCAUCACAGUGGCUUUACCGCCCAUACUGAGAUAACCGGGGUACAUGAUCAAGGCUCUCAGGUAAAGGCAGUAUGCACUUGCAGUGAGAUAGAGGUCCUGCAACCUCACUUGUAUGCCGUACGACUAAUGUUAGUAUAUUCUUUAAUCUCACAGCUUGCUUAUUGGUCUCUCUAUCAUCUUCUGGAUCCUUGAGCUAAGCUACAUUCUGCAAUUAUAAUCGAUUCUUGCUAUCACUCAAUCAA